AUGUCUGCUAUGCCGUCCUACAGAGGAGGCUAUGCCCCACGAGGUAGUCGCGGGGGAUGGAACGGGUCCUUCUCAAAAUCAAAGAAGCCUUUUGUGAAACCUGACAUCGAGAAGAACCCGCUUGGGCAGCUUUUGCAAACCAUCAAGAUCGCUGACUUGAAGGAGGGCAGCAUUACUACGUUGCCAGGUGGUUCAAUCACCGACCUAUGCUACAUCGCAUCAUACAAUUGGCGCAGCGAUACUUCUGUAGCGAUACUCAUACCAGGCAAGCCUCCGCAAUGGACUCCUCUCCAAGAUCUCCAACGCCUCCCUGAAGACAACGGACAGUACUUUCGCGAUCCAAACGCUGCGAGGUGUCCACAAUAUCCAGUCGCGCCUGUGGUGCAGUCUGUUCUGCAUCUCCACGCAGACUUUCCUACUCGAAGCAUGGACAUAGUGGCUUGUGGAAGUACGUUGGGCAACCUUCUGCGUUUCGUUCGUGGACAAGACAAAGCUUUUCGAUUCCUUGCACAGGUGAUUGGGAACACAGUAUUCUUCCUUCGCAAAGAGAACGACCCAAGAGAGCUCAUACCGAAUGUCAGAGGAUAUGGGCACUCUUUCCCAGAGGCAAAUACGACCUGGGAGAAUGACGUGAAAGGCUCCGAGACACACCAGCGUAUCGUUCAGUAUGACCUCGGAGGUCUCAGAUUCUUGGUCCGCUUCGAAUGCGAUGGCUACAUCAUGGACGAAUCCUUCAAAACCAAAGAUAGGGUCAAGAAAAAGCCCACUGCCACCACUCACAUUGACGAUCUUCUACCUGGCUUGGGCACUGCCUCAAUAACUCCAGCACCCCUGUCACGGUCUCCUGGCUCUGAUUAUAUACCAAUCGAACAUGGAGGGACAGAAAUUCCCCAACACUCCAUCUUCGACCUGAAGACCCGCUCAGGAAAAUACAAGAGUGAGAUCGACAUGAGCGACAUAUAUCCUCAGCUCUGGAUCAAGCAAGUCCCGAAUUUCAUCGUCGCCUACCAUGACGGCGCUGGUCUGUUCAAAGACGUUAGGGUCCAAGAUGUGCAGAAUGAGGUCCUAAAGUGGGAGGCAGACAACAUCGAGGCCAUUCACCGCCUCACGGUGUUGUUGAACAGGAUAGUGGCCUUCGCAAGGAACGACCAGGGCCUGUUGGAGGUGUAUUGUCCGCACGAAGAUUGCUUGGAGCUACGAAGACAGCAUGGACAGGGCACAAAUGCGCUACCCGGCGAAUUGAGGGAUGCAUGGGCGAAUGAGGCAUUUUCGGACUCUGAUGAUGGCGGUCUCGAACUGGAUCAGGGCUAUGAGUCAGCUGAAGACUACAAAGCUGACUCGGAUGAGGAUGAGCCAGAUUAUACUGCGUGCUCUGUGGAAGAUUGUGGGUAUUGCGGGAAGUGUACAUACUAG